GGCGGCGGCGGCGGCGGCGGGGAGCCCCACGCCCCCACGGGCGCCGGCAACCACAGCCAGCGGCAGAACACACUGACUGCAGAGGACCACUCUCCUGAAGCCAGCUUCACCCUGAACCCCGAGGAGCGACGAGAAUACCCCGAUCUCCAGGCUGCCCACCGGCCAUUCCCCAAGGAGCGGUUCAGGCCGGAGRGCGGGCACACGUCCUUGCAAAGAGAUGGACCCAGAUCUUUCCUCCUGGAUCUCCCAAACUUCCCUGACCUGUCAAAAGCAGAUAUCAAUGGGCAGAACCCCAACAUCCAGGUCACCAUCGAGGUGCUGGAUGGCCCCGACGCCGAGGCAGACAAGGAGCUGCAGAAGGAGAGCAGCAAGCCCAGCUGGCCRGCCCCAUCGCCCGACUGGAGGAGCUGGUGGCAGAGAUCCUCCACCCUGACCCGCAUGAGCAGCGGUGACCAGGACUACAAAUACGACAGCACCACCGAGGACAGCAACUUCCUAAACCCUCUCGGUGGGUGGGAUGGCCGUGCACCCAGUCACCGGGCRUUCGAGCCCAAGGAGCAGCCCGAGUAUGAUUACAUCGACGGCGAGGGCGACUGGAGCCCGUGGUCGCCGUGCAGCGUCACCUGYGGCAGCGGCAACCAGAAGCGCACGCGGUCCUGCGGCUACGCCUGCACGGCCACCGAGUCCCGCACCUGCGACCGGCCCAACUGCCCAGGGAUCGAAGAUACCUUCCGGACAGCUGCCACUGAAGUGAGUUUACUUGCWGGGAGCGAAGACUUCAACGCAACCAAACUGUUUGAAGUUGAUACUGACAGCUGUGAGAGAUGGAUGAGCUGCAAGAGCGAGUUCCUGAAGAAAUACAUGCACAAAGUGGUCAAUGAUCUCCCCAGCUGCCCGUGCUCCUACCCCAGGGAAGUUGCCUACAGCACUGCUGAGAUCUACGACCGGCUGAAGAGGAARAGCUUCCGCUGGAAAGACGCAAGUGGCCCGAAGGAGAAGCUGGAGAUCUACAAGCCCACGGCGCGGUACUGCAUCCGCUCCAUGCUGUCCUUGGAAAGCACCACGCUGGCGGCACAGCACUGCUGCUACGACGACAACAUGCGGCUAAUCACCAGGGGCAAAGGGGCAGGGACGCCCAACCUGAUCAGCAUCGAAUUCUCAGCAGAACUCCAUUACAAGGUGGACAUUCUGCCUUGGAUCAUAUGCAAAGGCGACUGGAGCCGCUACAAUGAAGCCCGGCCUCCCAACAAYGGGCAGAAGUGCACAGAAAACCCGUCAGACGAAGACUACUACAAGCAGUUUCAAGAAGCGAGGGAAUACUGAGAUUUUCCUCUUCUUCAGACACAAAAUAGCAUUCGUUUCCUGGAUGCCAAAGAACUGAUGAUGGCUGCUGCAUUGGCUCCUUGGCAGGGGUCGAUCAGUUCCUUUCUAAUGAAUGUAUAUAGUUGUAAUAUAAUACGUAUUUUUCACAGUGUGUGUAAUUUAUAAACGCGUAUCUCUCUGUCUCACACACACACACCUAUUUUUGCAUACAUAAAUCUUGUCCUGAUAGGAUUUUAUACCGCAAUAACGUUCAUGUAAUAAUGUGCAUUUCAUUUUAUUUCCCAUCUGUAACAUAAUGGAGGGGUUGGGGGGUAGCUGCCAUCACCAUCAGGCCCCAAGGCCCCAGCUGAGGAGGCACAUAUUUAAAAGUUGUUAUAAACAAUGGGAUUGAAGAAUGUACUCUUCCAUAUGGGAAUGGUUUACAAGAUUAAUGCACCUACAGCAUCAGUUUUCUCUAUAAUUGAUUUCAUGACUAGUCAUGUCUAAGAAGGGAAAAUUUUUUUGGAAGGGUAAUAGUCAAAAAUGAAUAUAGAGAAUCCCURGCAAUCUCUUUCUCUUGGAAUUCCUCCUGUUACCUUCCAGCUCAGGUCUUUGCAGUCCAUCUGGGGUAGGCUUGCAGGAAGAUGUAGCUAUGGAUUUCCUACGAGCCAGAAGAUGUCCUGAUGCAGCUGUUCUGCUAGAGAUGCAAACRUCCCACUCCUGGGACAUCUCAGAUGCAGAGCUGCAGCUGUUGGGGUUUACGGCUUUUGCUGGGGAGAAGACCUGCAGGGCAGCUACCUGUGAACUGAGCAUGCUGAAAGGCUUUGGAGGAGUGAGGGCAGAGAAGGAAUCCAUGCCAAAGGACAAAAAACCCCCCACAGUUUAUUCCCGGUUUUGAMUAUGAAGAAUGUUUGGAUCUGCUUUUUUCUUUCUUUUAAAAAAAGAAAGAAGUUUAUUUUUUUUAGAGAACAGUACAAGUUCCCUGGGAUAAAAGAUGCAACCAGCCCUUUCCCCCCAUUUUUCUCAUGCUGAGUGCACAGUGUCCUACAGAAGUAGCUAUUCUUUAAGGGAAGCUCUCUGGAGGGAGCUAUCGGUGACUUAAAAUGUCUUAAUUUUUUUAAAAAGCUAGCAUUAUUUUUGUAAAGUAUUUAUUGAAUUGUAACAAUGACUCACAUGUGGGAUAUGUCUCUGACAUGAAAGGCUUCUGUAGAUGGAACUUGAUUUCCAAGAAYGCAACUGUUGUUAGGAAAAGGUUUUAUUUCCAAAUUUUUAUAAAGUGCAAGUUGAAAUACAUAAUCCUGUCAUUAAGCAGCUCGUACCUGCCUUCUGAUGAAAGGUAGAAGUUACACUCCGGGUAAAUAAAUACUUCCAGUUCCAUCCUGCGAACGACUGCCUUGCUGCAAGUGGGUGUCUUCAUUUGGAAAACCAAGGCUAAAUGUCACUAGARAAAUGCCUAUUUUGGGGUUAUGUGGUCUGACACACACAUGUGGAACCUCGCACAGUGCUGAAGCCGACUGGCAUCGCAGUCAGUCUGAGCUCAAAGAUCCAAGACAGACACCAAAGACAAUUCCCUCCGCUGUAUACAGACACGCACAGAUGAUAUUUAAGGUCCCCUCCACCCCAACCAAACCCUUCCAUGGCAUCCUGUAAAUCUUCUCCCUGUCUCUGCUGGCCUCUCAGGUCUGGCUGAUUGUGAGCUCAUGGAUGAGUACAUGGUGUCCUCAGCACUAACACGGGCACAGUGACCCCGCUGGCCUGGGCAGKGUUGGGUUCCUGUGGGUUCUCCCCGGUGCAAACCCCAACCGGGGGGUUCCGAGAAACUGGGGCCAUGCACCCCAAUCUGCCCCAUGGCUCUGCCAAGCUGCAGAGCCCCAGCAUUGUGCUUUGGCUCCAGGGCACCAGAAACCAUCCAGGCCAAGCCACUGCACAUCUGCCACAGCGACUGCUCCGCUGAGGUCACCUCGGCAGCUGGAAAACUUGGCCAGGCCAUCRGAGCAGAUCCAGACUUGAGUUGGUGGGGAAGACGUGGAUACGUUCUAGCACAAGCUGGUAGUAACAAAACAUGGUUGGUUGAGCAAGAGGGUAAACAUGGGGAUCACCCCUUAUUUUUUAUAGAAACCAGAUUUUGUAAAUUCUUGCAAGGUCAUAAGAAGGCGCCACUAGCUCGUGGAGCCAGUUAAAUUGACAGCAGAUGGAUGAAAGGCACAAGGAACUCCAGGAUCAGUCACUUCACAGGGAAGACAGGUAUUUUCAGGGAGAAAGAUCUGCUUCUUACUUAGCAGUGUGGGGGGGAACAACAUUCUCAGGUUUCUCUGGGAGGCAGAUGAGAGGGCAGUUGGUCACAAUUCUUGAAAUGUAAAACACAUCCCUGCCCUUUGUGGAUUAGUAAAUUAUGGCGCUAUUGAGAAAUGCUACUACACUAUUAAUACAGAACAUAACACAUAGAGUGUCAGGGAAGAGGAAAAAUUAUUCUAAUAAAUGAAAUGACGCACAAAGUUUCAAGUCUCACCACUCGUAAUUUGCCAAGGCUGGAAACUCUGAGGGAGCCGAAUAACUUCUGAUAGGAGCUACCAGGUGUUUCGUAGGAUGAGUCCUGGAGCACAGAUUGAGAGAUUCUGCUGUCCUAAGCAACAGUUUUUAUUAAAAACAAAG